UUAAAUAUGAAGGGUUUCGCCUGGCUUACCCUAGAGCCGCCCUUACUGUGCUUGAGAUUGACCUGAUUAUUUGAUUCUGCAGCUUAAUCCGUGUAAGAAACAAGAUUGAAAAUUAUGGCGGAAGAAUUGCAGUCAGUUAGAGAAGCUGGAAAAAUGAUAGCAAGGAAAAGAAAAAAUAUGGGGCACAAUAAGAAAGGGAGUAAGGCAAAGAAGAAGCAAAAGGGUGUACCAUUUAAUGAAAGAAGGGUAAAAGUAGACAAGAAAAUGAAGAAGCUUUUUGAGAAGAGAGCAAGAGAUUAUAACUCCGAUAAUGAGGAUGAUGAGAAUGAGAAUGAUAAUAAUAAUGAUGAUGAUAUUGAUGUUGAUAUUCGGGAGCGUGUCCCUGUAAAUCGAGGUAAAUUCACAUCAUAUGGUAAAAAAAAGGAGGAUGAUUUUGAAGAGGAAUGGGUGGAUGAUGACGGAGGAGAGGAUGGUAAUGAGGAAAUUGAAGUAUCCGAAGAUGAAAAUGGAGAAAUUCAGCCGGGGAUUACUAGGUUUAUAGAUGGUUGUAGAGCAUUCAGAUUGGCAUUCAAGAAGAUAUUGAAGAAGUCAGCUUCUGAUGAUAUAUUGGGCCCCGUCUUAUCAGCACACAAGAAGCUUGUUGCGGAGAAGCUAGCUGAAGAAGAAGUAGAACGAAAGGUUAAGGGGGAAGCAAAAAAGGAGAAACACUUGAUAGGAGAAAAGGGACAUGUUAAACCUGCAAAUUAUUUGGACUCCCGUGAAAAGUUUCUAAUAGGAGUUGCAACAAAGGGAGUGGUCAAGUUAUUCAAUGCUGUUAACAAAGCACAACAUGCUCAAAAAGGCUUAAAUCCCUCAAGGUCAAAAGAUGAGAAAGUAAUAAAGAAGCGACGAAGAGAAGUCUUUUUCUCCGAAUUGGGCAAGACAUCAUCACAAACAGUUGUGGCUGGGUCAAAGGCCGGUGCACCGAAUGAUGAAGGUCCCUCAUGGGCUCCUCUACGUGAUAGUUACAUGCUGACUAACCCCAAGUUAAAAGACUGGGAUAAGAAUGCGGACACAACUGCCGCAGACGACGUGAGGGUGCCGGCUGAUUCAGAUUCAUCUGAUGAUGAAUAAGUUCACUGAAAGUUUGAUGUUCAACUAUCUGCUUCAAGCAUACUGGGAUGUCGAACACAUAGAGAAUCAUAUCUUCAAUGCAGGGAAGUGGAUGCCUAGGCAUAGUCAAAGUAAUGCUAGGGCAACUUUUUUGACUGUACAGAGAUCCUCCUGUUGUUAGCUGAUGCUAUUUGUUUAUAUUAAAGAGGAAGUUUUAUCCUGGCUUAUGCAAUCCUCUUUAAGAUAUGACUUUUGAGAUAUUAUUUCUGAAUUCUCUUCAUUUGUUAUCCGUUCUUCCUGCUAGUGGGGAUAUAACUGGUCUGUAACAUUAUCCCAGUAUUCAACAAGGUUGAUUUAGCAAUGCGGAAUCACGUUGUGUUGUCUUUUUUUUUUCAAGAUCGUGUAACCAAAGAUGCUGUCUUUAGAAAGCUGGGAUGCUACAUAUGUUGAGCUUACAUGGA